AUGGCAGCAGUCACAUUUGGAUGGAGAGACUCCAGACCUGUCAGGCUGGUGAAUGGGACUAGUCUGUGCUCAGGCAGACUGGAGGUGAAGUCUAACCAGUCUAACCAGUGGUGGUCCUCAGUGUGUGAAGAUGACUUUGACCAGCAGGAUGCAGAGGUGGUCUGUAGGGAGCUCGGCUGUAGGGCUCCUUCAGUCCUCCAGGGGGCGCUCUAUGGAGAAGUGGAGGCUCCAAUGUGGACCAAAGAGUUCCAGUGUGGAGGCCAUGAGUCUGCUCUCCUGGACUGUAGAAGCUCAGGCUCAGAUAGAAACACCUGCUCACCUGGUAAAGCUGUUGGACUCACCUGCUCAGGUAGAAGAGGAGUCAGGUUGGCGGGAGGAGACAGUCAUUGUGCAGGAACACUGGAGGUGAAACUUCAAGGAGACUGGAAACCAGUACAUGGCUCUGACUGGACCCUGAAGAAACCAUCUGUUGCCUGUAGAGAGCUGGACUGUGGCUCUGCUGUUCCUGUAGGACGGAGAGAGGAGUCCUCAAAGAGAUCUGUGUGGUUGAUCGACUCUGACUGUUUUCAGUUUGGAUCUGCUCUGAGGGAGUGUUUAAUAUCAAAUUUAUCUUCCUCCAUCCUGGCUCUCACCUGCUCAGGUAAGCCCAUUAGUGACUGUGCUAUCAUGUCUCUCCAGGCCAGCAGGGGGCAGAUGCCGGGCAGACGGGAGAACAUUGAGCUGGAUUAUUCUAACCUGGGUGUUCCUGCAGCUGAAGAAGAAGGAGCUCAGGGAGCAGAGUAG